AACACGCAUUACAACACAUCAAUUCUACAGCCGAGCAGAGAAGUGAGAGUGAAGACGGGAGUGACAACUCUGAGGUGUCAGCAGAAGACGAGAGGAUAAACAACAAACAAGAGGAAGAGGAAGAGCAAAAAGAAGAGGAAGAGAAAGAAGAAGAAGAAAAACAACAACAACAACAAAUGAAGGAUUCACAGACUCUUCUCUGGGAGCCUUUGCCGUCUGGGAUCAAUCUCUUUAGUCUGAGAAACCUAAACAAAGACAACAUGAGGGCUCAGCCGGGAAGAGACUCGUGGUUGGUGAAAAACUUUGCCUGUUAUUUGACCUUGGAUCCCAACACUGCCAACUCAGAGCUCCAUCUGACCGACUGCAACAGGAGGGCGACUCGAGUAUGGUCGGACCACCAGCCCUCGGAGCAUCCGGACCGGUUUAAGCACUGCCCUCAAGUCCUGUGCAGGGAGGGGCUGCUGGACUCGGUGUACUGGGAGGUGGAAUGGAGCGGCGGUGCAGACAUCGGCGUCACCUACAACAGCAUCUCCAGAAACGGAGACACAGCGAGCUGUCUGCUGGGACACGGCGAGCGGUCCUGGAGCCUGGAGUGUUCGGAGGGAAGCUAUACACCGUGCCACCAUAACAAGAGAUUCAGGUCCUCCUCACCCCGACCCUUCACCCACAGAGUCGGGGUUUACCUGAACUGGUCUGCAGGCUCUCUGUCAUUCUACUGCAUCUCUCAGAACACCAUGGUCCACCUUCACACCUUCAACUUUACUUUCACUGAGCCUCUGUACCCGGGUUUCUGGGUCUGGGCUUUAGAUGGCUCAGUGUCGCUGACUCAGGUGGAGUUAGACUGGGAACGACUGCUGCAGUGAACCACUGAGAACAAGUUGAGACCACAGACUGUGUAUGUGAAGCGGACGUAGUCAUUGUGACGUCCACCAUUGGUUUGUGGACUGCCGUUAGUAAGCCUUCGAGUUCGACGAUUCUGCCGUCGCCAUCUCAGUAUAAGGCCGUCGCCUGUUGGGCUUUUUUGCAAACAAUGAACAGAAGUUACCAUAUUUGGAAUGCGGAGGAGUGAGGUAGUGAGGCCAGAUACGGCUCGGUAGCGGCAGCAACCUGUCAAUCACAGUAAGCCCGCCCUAAAGCAUACCCUGCUUUAUGGUCUAUUUUACU